AUGCAAACGUCAUGCAAGCCGAAUCACUGUGCGCCCUCCGCCAAGGUGCUACCGCCCGCACCUGAGCUGCUCGGAACAGGUUUCAGUCGGUUUCCAAACCUGCGCUCGCUGGACCCAGAGCUGGUGUCGUUGAAAGAGAAAGUGAAAGAGUUGGCUUCCUACGGUAGUACGGAUGUAGAUCCAGGAAUCUGUUGUUUUGAUUCGGAAUACUGCAAAUUUGCAACAAGCCACAAGCAGUCAUUGAAUCAACCAACAGUUCUUCUUCUGGCUGUCGUACUUGAUAAGGUGACGACGAAUCAACAAUAUUGCGGAUGCUAUUUACAUACGACUCAUGUCGAUCGAGUUUCGAAUCAGGAGGGAGAUUCGAAAAUAACACUGCUGCAAAACCUCUCAUUAACAGCAAUCAGCACUCCACCACCACUAGACUUAUCAGAAUUGGUUGAAGAUCUAUCGCAACGAAUGCGUAAACAUCAAAAUCACGUUCCAGUGCAGACAUAAAAACAGUUUCCAGCCGGGCACUACUUCGGAUGCUAUUCACAUUUUGCUGGAUCAUGCACGCAAGAAUUAAACCUUUCUGGACUAGCAACACUACGUGACGAGGGUAAAGAGCGAGGUAAAUCAGACCGUCGGGGAUUGUUCACUAUUUGGUUGGGCCGGCGGAGGGAUGCGAAAUAAUU